UUGCUGUAUUUUUUAUUUAAGAAUGAAUUAUUAAUAUCUUUUAAUAAAUUAUUAUUAAAUAAAAAACAGUGCAAAACCGCCAAUAACCCAUACACAGAAGUUUAUAUAUAUAAUUAUUUUGAUAAUGGAGCCUGAAAAUUAUCACUCUCAUGAACUGCAUCAGCAGCAGGUACAACAGUAUAUGCAAGAUGUUCAAGCUACAUUACAACAACUUCAUCUACAGCAGGAGCAGCAGCAGCAGCAACAACAACAACUACAGCCUGUUCAAGCCGGAUUUGCACCACGGCGCCAAUAUGAGAACAUUGAUACUUCAAAUACAGGUAUGGCAGCUGGAUGUGUUGUCAAUGGAUCAGCUGGCACUGGCCCUUCUACAUCGUCCAAGGCAAUAACGCGGCCCAAAAAAAAGGCCCAAACGCUGCAUCAGCAGCAACAACUUCAACAGCAGCAGCUACAUCAACAAGAGCAGCAACCGCAGCUUUCGGAGCUAACUGGCGUGGGCAGUGCCGGACUGUUGCCACCUGAAGAGGCGUUUAGGUUUGUUAACGAAACUGAUGCCAACGGACUGGCCAUGAAGACGCCCGUCAGCAUAUUGCAGGAGCUGCUUAGCCGACGUGGCAUUACGCCAGGAUACGAGUUGGUGCAAAUUGAGGGGGCUAUUCACGAGCCAACAUUUAGGUUUCGUGUGUCAUUCAAAGACAAGGACACCCCAUUUACCGCCAUGGGCGCUGGGCGUUCAAAAAAAGAGGCUAAACAUGCAGCUGCUCGUGCACUUAUUGAUAAGUUAUCUGGUGUACAGCUCGAAACCGGUGUCAAAACUCCACCACCUGCUGCGGUGGGUUGCUCCAUGACUGGGAGCAGCGGUGAUGGCAAUGCCAAUGUGGCUGGAAGUGGCGAUGGUGCAGACAAGAUUGUUGGCAACCCUAUUGGCUGGUUGCAGGAGAUGUGCAUGCAACGUCGUUGGCCACCACCAACUUAUGAGACUGAAACGGAGGUGGGACUGCCGCAUGAGCGUCUUUUUACCAUUGCGUGCACCAUAUUGAAUUAUCGUGAGGUCGGCAAAGGGAAAAGCAAGAAGAUCGCUAAGCGUCUGGCUGCCCAUAAGAUGUGGACCCAUUUACAGGAGGCUCCUAUUGAUGCGGCCAAAAUCAAUGAUAGCAUAUGUGUCGAUCUCGAGGGCGAUGCCCGCAUUAAUGAUAAUUAUUAUGGUGAUUUGAAAGAUAUCACUGUACCUACACUCACCACGCAGCAUAGUAAUAAAGUAUCGCAGUUCCAUAGAACGUUAAAAAAUGCAACGGGCAAAAAGCUGAUUAAAUUACAGAAGACUUGCCUGAAGAACCCGAAGAUAGACUACGUAAAAUUGCUUUCGGAAAUUGGCAUCGAAAAUCAAUUUGAGGUCACUUAUGUGGAUAUCGAGGAGAAGACAUUUAGCAACAAAUAUCAGUGUCUGGUGCAGCUAUCGACUCUGCCUGUGGGCGUUUGUCACGGCACUGGCGCAAGUGCAGCAGAGGCUCAGCGAAUGGCAGCACAAAAUGCUCUGGAAUAUUUAAAGAUCAUGACCAAAAAGUAGGCAAACAUGAGAAAGAGCUGAAUAGCAAAAUCUAAACGCACAUACCGAUUAACGAUUGACUUAAAAAAAUUCCUACGUUCAUUACUAUGCCCCAUCCCAUGGAAUUCCGUAGUUGACAAGCAACCACAGUGUAACUCACAAAACCUUAUUUAGUUCAUAGUACUCUUAUUUAUUCCUAGUUUGUUUGAAGCCUAGUUUUAUCUGGAACCCAACGCAGAUAGCAUUGAAACUGUUCACAGAACCAAUUAUAAAGAAAAACGAUUACAGAAAAGAAAAGAAUUUUACGUUAACUUACAA